GUGCGGGUCACAUGACUGCUGUACAGAGGGAGGAGGAGGUCGCAGUGUGCUUCUGGGAUCAGGAAUGUGGAGCCAUGCUCUGUUGAGCCCGUUGUCCUCAGAAUGGAGGUAUUCUUGCCAUUAGUUGCUCAGGAACUGCUGCGUGAGAUAAAACGGUCUUAUCAAGAGACUUCACAAAUUUCCGAUGAGCAUCUACUGGGGCUGAAAUUUAUUUUUGGGCCCACAGCCCUGUAUGCCCUGGAUUUAGUAGAUCAGCGUUCAGUCACACAUGUGACUAGUCCCAGUGGACGCAGCACCUUCCAGGUUACGGGGAGCUCUGGUAAGCUGUACACCUGCUACAAGGCAUGCCACUACUGUUCCUGUCCUGCCUUCACUUUCUUAGUGCUCAGGAGGAGUGACAGCAUGCUGUGCAAACAUAUCCUUGCCAUCUACCUCAGCCAGGCCUUAGGAGUGUGCCAGGAAAUUACAGUGUCCGACAAGCAGAUGAUUGACAUUCUACUGGCCGGAGAAGACUAAAUUGCCAUAAUGCUCUGUGGUGACUUUUUUUUGUGAUCUCUUAGCCAGAGCUGUAGAAUCAUAACUCUACCAGUUACAUUAAUCCACCAUACAUUUCACUUGUAUCUUCCUUCCCUCAGACAUCAUGAAAUCACUUCAGAGUCAGGCUAACAGCAUUGGUAAAGGCUCUGUCGCUUGAAGCCUCGUACACACCACCGAGAAACUCGACGGGCGAAACACACCGUUUUGCUUGUUGAGUUCCUUG